AUGGUUCAAAGAGGUGACAGAUUUCCUAUCAACGUUGACAGUCUAUUCUACUCGUCCCCAGAAGGCGAGCCUAAGCCGUUCGAUCUCAAGACCACCACCAAGAGCAAGAAGUUUGUUGUUGUGAGUGUUCCUGGAGCCUUCACUCCCCCUUGCACCAACCAGCAUCUGCCAGAGUAUGUUAAGAAAGUGCAGAGUUUUGCAACCAAGGGAGUUGAUUUCAUCAUUAUUUUGACGCAAAACGAUCCGUUUGUGCUCAAAGCAUGGAAGGAGAAGCUUGGAGCCAGCUCCAACAAGCUGAUCUUUGUUUCUGACCCUCAGCUCGAGUUGACCAAGAAAUUGGCUCCGCCAAUCGACCUGAGCGAUCUCGGACUCGGAAAACGGUCCAGCAGACUGGCAUUGAUUGUCAACAGAAGCGGAAUCGUCGAGUUUGUGGCCAACGAAAACGGCGGCGACGUCAACGUGUCCACGGCCACCAAACUAUUGGCCAAGCUGUAG